GCCCCCGCCCCCCCUCCCCAAUACCAACCCACCCCACCAUCUUUAAAAUGGUUCUUGAAUUAACAAUAAAGAUUUUGGGCAUGGAAGUGAGAGUCAUUUCUUGAUCUCUAGUGAAGUGUAUGUAAUCUAUCAACUUUCUUCUGAUUUGUGCCUCAUAAACAGCAUUACUGUUUAGUUGAUUACUUCAACAGAAAUUCCAGCCAUCUAGUGCAUGGCUUGCAUUUACAAACUAGCAAAUAAUGGGGAGCAGUCGAAUUCCAAAGCGCUAUUUGAUUGUAUUUUUGACCUUCAUCUGCACUUCCGUCUGCUACAUAGAGCGGGUGGGUUUCUCUAUUGCGUAUACUGCUGCUGCUGAUGCUGUAGGAGUAAAUCAGAGUAGCAAAGGGGUAAUUCUGUCAACUUUUUACUAUGGAUAUGCGUGCUCACAAGUACCGGGUGGUUGGGCAGCUCAAAAAAUCGGUGGACGGCGGGUGCUACUCCUUUCUUUUCUAUUAUGGUCUUUGACAUGUGCUUUUGUACCACUCGACCCAAACCGAACAAUGGUCCUGGUAAUAGCCCGCUUGCUCGUCGGCGUGGCCCAAGGUUUCAUCUUUCCGUCCAUCCACACCGUCCUUGCACAGUGGGUCCCGCCGCAUGAAAGAUCAAGAUCCGUUUCCUUUACGACUUCCGGAAUGUACUUAGGUGCAGCUAUGGGAAUGCUUAUGCUUCCUAGUCUGGUGAAGUAUCGAGGCCCGCAAUCUGUAUUUCUUUGUGAAGCGGCUUUAGGUGCAAUGUGGUCCCUACUCUGGUUCAGUUAUGCAGCCGAUCCACCUCGUUCCGAGCAUCCGAAAGCAACUGCCUCGGGAUUCGGGGAAACCUUACUGCCCCUCAAAGGGAGUUCAAAGUUGAAAUCAGAGAAAACUCAAACAAUCCCUUGGAAACGAAUUGUCAUGAGCUUACCGGUUUGGGCAAUUGUUGUGAAUAAUUUCACCUUUCAUUAUGCUCUUUACGUGCUCAUGAACUGGCUUCCCACAUACUUCGAGUUGGGCCUCGGAAUCAGCCUUCAAGAAAUGGGUUCUUCAAAAAUGAUGCCCUACUUAAACAUGUUUAUAUUCUCAAAUAUUGGAGGAGUGAUCGCGGAUCAUUUCGUCACGAGGAGAAUCUUGUCUAUAACCAAAACCAGAAAAGUUUUAAACACAGUGGGUUUCAUCAUAGCUUCUCUUGCACUGAUGGCUCUACCUUACUUUAGAACACCUGGCGGGGCCCUGUUCUGUUCCUCCGUGGCUCUUGGUUUCUUGGCGUUAGGAAGAGCGGGUUUUGCAGUUAAUCACAUGGAUAUUGCUCCAAGGUAUGCUGGAAUUAUUAUGGGAGUUUCGAAUACAGCUGGUACAUUAGCUGGUAUCGUUGGUGUUGAUCUCACUGGUCGACUACUCGAAGCUGCUAAAGACGCACAGUUGGAUCUUACAAGUCCGGAAAGCUGGACAUCAGUUUUUUCCAUUCCGGGGUUGCUCUGCGUUUUCAGUUCUUUCGUUUUUCUAGUACUAUCAACCGGGGAGAGAAUUUUCGACUAAGGAUUUGUGCAGGUAUAUUCAGUUCGAGGAAGUAUACAUAGUUUCUAGGAUUUGGAGUUCAAAUUCGAAGGUUGUCGGAAAUAGUAAGUAGCUAUUGAGGUCAUUCUUACAUUUUUAACCCGAGUUCUUUGAAGCCUGCUGAUUGAGUUCAUGCAUUUGUACUUUAUUGACUGAUUCUUCAAUAUUUUCGAGCUGUGAUUCUUGGUGAUUAAUAAAAAUGUAAUGUUCAUUCUAUUUCUUGUCAGGUAAUAUCAGAAAAUAUUUCAUGUAUCAUAGUCAAAAUAAAUGCUCAGCUACUUUCAUUUUUUA